GGAUACCACUAAAGUCUCUACCAGGAGUGGUUCCUGAAAGCGACUGAUUGGCUGUCCUUACUGAUAGCAUGGACACCUGACUUGACCUCAGCAGCCGCAAUUAUAAAUGGUCCAUGAGCUGAAUCUUUGAAAGCACGUAGGCAAUUCACACUGAGAAUAGAUACAUCAGGAAAUUAAGAUGCUGACAUCCAGAUGUUUAGCUCGCGGAUUGAGGAACGGCCUCUGGAGGAGCCUGUCCUCCAGCAGCAGCGCGCGGGCCGCGCACACUAAAGUGACGGCAGACGUCCUGGACUGCACCGUGCCUCAGUAUAACAACCGUCUGGACACGCCCCUCCCGGACGUUCCGUUUGUGCAGAACCUGAAUGAGCAGCAGACGCAGCUGAAGGAGAAGGAGAAGGGACCCUGGACCAAGCUCACCAAGGAAGAGAAACUGGCACUAUACCGUUUGAGCCAUGAGCUGACCUACCCUGAGAUGCGCCAGGGGACUGGGGAGUGGAAGAGUGUGCUAGGGGGGGUCUUCAUCUUCCUGGGACUCUCAGGCCUUUUAGUCUGGUGGCAGAGAGUCUAUGUGUUCGGUGACGUGCCCCACACCCUGUCUGAGGAGUGGGUGGAGAAGCAGACUCAGAGGAUGUUAGACAUGAGGGUGAACCCCGUCCACGGCUUCUCCUACCACUGGGACUACGAGAAAAAACAGUGGAAGUAGGAAGAUUACACAUACAUGUGUUUGUGUGUGUUUUUAUGCUUGUCUCGGUGCGUGUGUUGACACGAGCAACAGUCUGAAGUUGCAUUUCUCAAAAACAUAAGCCUUACUGAUUCCUUAAGCCAAUUAAAAGAUAAGAUGUUUAACUAAAACAUUAGUAGUCUUUUCAUGUUAUGAAUAGAGGUAAUACAUCUUUUGACAUUGAGUAGAGCACGUUGAGUUCUGGAACCUUUGACGAAAAAAAUAAAAGAAAUUGUAUGUAUAAAUUGUGUUUCGAAGCCAUAUUAGAUUUAAAGUGAGCAAACUUUGUGUCCUCUGAGAGACCAUUUGGAGCACAGAACAUACACAAUAGACACACAUUAAAAGCAUAUCAAACAACUUAUUAGAGGGAUUUCAGGACGUUUUAUGAUGAGUGUAGUCUGGAUAAAUCUUACAUAAUUUGAGGAUGUUAAUUUCGUCCGCAUGCAUCAAAUUUACAUCUAGAAAAAGCAAAGCCUUUUUAACUGUCUCUGUCCUAUUCCCACGGCUUACAUUAAGCAGACAGAAAUUCCACCCCCGUCAUCACAUUCUGACGCCCGCAAGAGAAGCCGCCUCAGCCGCCCUCCGAUCCACCAAUUACCGAGCACCGAUCCACACAACUCCAAACCACCACGGGCCUGUAGCCUAACUAGCCAACUAAUUGCCAACUAUAAACACCCCUCACGCUUUCAUUCACAUGAUUUAAAAUUCUCCUUCUUCUCUUUCUUGACUUUAGCUCUUCAUGCAUUGAGACAGCGAUUUGUAAUGCAAAAGGAGGGAGAGGUAGAGAAUCAGAUAAAUGCAAAUGAUAGAGUAAAAAGAAGAGAUAAUUAUAUAUAUAAAACAUAUACACAAUAUGUAUGACGGUGGACAUUCCCCCAGAGGUCAUUUUCACCAGCUUGAUCAUCACAGUUAGUUUCUCUUCAGCAUCUUUCUCUUAAUCAUCAUCGUCAUCAUCAUCAUCAUCAUCACGACUCCUCUCUCUCAGGGUAUUGCAUUUAUUCAGAGACUUCAUUAAAUAGUAAUAAAAUACCACUGUAUGUUAUAUGAAUAAGAUACUAGAUGAAGACAUUAUGAGAAGAAUUAUCCAUAUCAUGACUGUGUUCUAUUGGCUCUAUUUAAUUAAUAUUUUGAUCUCAUAGCUAUAGUCAUUUACACAGCUAAAGCCAUUUCCUAUAGGAUUCAUUACACCCCUUUGUUAUCGGGCGCUGAAGAGAAGGAGAAAAGACAGAAAGUUCAAAGGGGGCUUAACGAUGCGAUGUGUCGGUCGUGAUAAGACACAAGGCUGCCAACCACCAGUUUCUGUCUAGUGCUUCUUUGUACGUUCAGGUUUAAUAGUCUCGUCACAUAGCUUCAAACACACAUAACUGUCUCCAUAGUCAAGAAAGCAUAGAAUUAAGAAUGUUUGGAGCAUCUAUCCUGUUGUACCCAACGUUCUGAUUCUAGAACUCACCCCAACCUACCAACACACCUGUCCUUCUACCUGGUUUAAUGUUUGGGUUAAACAUGCCUAACCAGGAUUAGAAACACAAAAAGAACAAAGGUGCAGGAGUCAGAAGACAAAGCUUUAAUGAAGAACAAUCAGAACAUCAGCUGGACUAUGGGAUAGGAGUGUGUGUGUGUGUGUCUUUUCUUCUACAUACAAUCUUCUCUGUGAAGAGGUUUAUCUGUCCUUCCUCUAAAGGGCAUGCUCCAGAAUCAUGCAACAUCAUCACUUUCAUCAUCACCGCCUACUGAAGCCCAACACAACCUCAUAUCCUCUAAUACGUGGAGUGAUUGCUCUGGUUUGCAUUCUGGAUGGGCGUGGUCUAGAACAAUUCUAUUAUGUUCAUCCUGUAUGCCCCGGCAACCUUAUUCAAGCACAGAUAAGGUAUUAGAAAGGAUAU